AUGGGGUUUGGAGCUAAAUGGAGGAAGUGGAUGGAAUUAUUGAUUUUCAAGAGCAAUAUGUCGGUGAUGGUAAACGGUAGUCCAACAAAGGAAUUUGUUGUUAAUAGAGGCUUAAGACAAGGUGAUCCGUUAUCUCCUUUUCUUUUUGUUUUGGUGACGGAGGCUCUUGCGAGAUUAGUUAGAAAAUCUAUAGAGAUUGGUGAAUUUGAGUCUUUUGAUAUUAAAAGAAGAUGUGAGGUGGACAUUCUUCAAUUUGCGGAUGACACUUUGGUUGAAGACAACAAUUUUUUGUUUCUUGGUAUUCCUAUUGGUAGCAAUCCUAGGAAGGAAGCGACUUGGGCUCCUUUAGUGGAGAAGAUGAAAAAGAAGUUAUCCGGUUGGAAGGCUAGAUUUCUUAACCUCGGAGGGAGGUUAACUCUUUUGAAGUCUAUUUUGAGUCCGUUAUUUAUCUUUACUAUGUCUUUCUACAAAAUACCGGCUAGGGUGGUAAAAGCGAUAACGGUGAUUCAAAGUAAUUUCCUAUGGGGAGGUGGGGGAGAUAAACGGAUUAUUCAUUGGGUUGGAUAG